AUGCCCGGCGGCUACGACCAGUCCAAGGGCAUCACCCUUCACGGUCACAACAGUGCAUUCAAGAUUUUUGUAGUCUCGAAUAGCGUUGCCAUGUGCAGCUCCGUCAUCGUCAUCUUCUUUCUCAUUUGGGCAAGGCAGGAGACCAUGAUUCUGAGGCUCCACUACCUUGUGUGGAACCAAAAGCUAACCAUCGUUGCCUGCCUCGCUAUGCUCCUCUCGCUCAUGAUCGCCGUCUAUAUCACCGUGGCGCCGACAACGCCGUGGCUUGCCUAUGCUGUCAUAGACAUCGGCAUUUGCAGCCUAGGCCUCUUCUUCAUCAUAUCAUGGAUGGGGAAGGCGAUGAUGAUCAAUGUCCGCUAG